ACUUCGCCUACUUGUUCUCUGAGACCACCGCGAUUUGGAGAUUGGAGCAAUCUUCUCCUCUCCCUCCCUUCCGUUGCUUCUUUGAAUCCUUUCUUGGAUAUAUUCAAGUGGAAUCUCAAAUCCUGCUAAGAUAAAUUAUCCUCGUAACCUAAGUAGUAAAGCAAAUGCAAAGGGGUCUUCGCUUGGUUGAUCUUUCAGGUAGUCUUAUUUUGAUUUGUUAGAUCAACCUAUUUAGUGGUUUACAAGAUGCAAGCAUCUAUGAAGUAUGCAGACUUUGACAAACACCAGAAAUCUCUGUAUCAGAACACCAUGCAUUCCAGAUCUGAUGAAGAUCACCAAUCUGUGCAUUCUUUCUCUUCUGAAGAUAAGCUCCAGUCAAAAAACAUUCAAUCUCAGAUCAAUCGUGUUCAGUUCUGUACUCUGGAAUCCUCCUUAGCAAACACUAAUUACAUUAUUCACCACUCUCCAUCUUCCUUCAAUUGCACACCAAGCAGUGGGAGCCCUUUAUCCUUGCAAGAUUACCAAUUUGAUAAUAUCUAUGGAUCUCCAAUUAGUGCUUCAUGUAUUACCGAAGACCCAAAUGAUCUCAGAAUCAGGUUGAAAGAGAUAGAGGAUGCUAUGCUGGGGCCUAAUUCAGAUAUGGUCGAGACUUUUGAGAACACAUACCCAGGCCAUCUGUCCCUGGAACCACUGAAAUGGAAACAAGCGAUGGGAAUUCCUAAAGGAGAUCUGAAACAACUUCUGAUAGCCUGUGCUAGAGCUGUUGCAGAGAAUGAUCCAAUUGCUAUUGAAUGGCUAAUUUCAGAGUUAAAACAGAUGGUUUCAGUUUCAGGGGAACCACACCAACGAUUGGGAGCAUACUUACUUGAAGGCCUUAUUGCUAGAUUGGCUUCCUCAGGGAGUUCAAUUUAUAAAUCUUUGAAGUGUAAAGAACCCACUAGUUCAGAUCUCCUCUCUUACAUGCACCUUCUUUAUGAGGUUUGUCCAUACUUCAAAUUUGGUUACCUGUCUGCAAAUGGGGCGAUUGCUGAGGCUGUAAAGGAUGAACACAUGAUUCAUAUUAUUGAUUUCCAGAUUGCCCAGGGAAGCCAGUGGGUAACACUCAUUCAAGCCCUUGCAGCACGACCUGGUGGUCCACCACAUGUUAGAAUCACUGGAGUUGAUGAUUCCAACUCUGCUUAUGCACGAGGUGGUGGUUUAAAUUUAGUGGGUCAGAGGUUGUCUCGCCUUGCUGAGUCUUGUAAAGUGCCCUUUGAAUUCCAUGGCGCUGCUAUUUCAGGCUGUGAUGUGGAAGCUGAGGUUAUCAUCAUACAACCUGGGGAGGCAGUGGCAGUGAACUUUCCUUUUCAGCUGCAUCACAUGCCAGAUGAGAGUGUGAGCACAAGUAAUCACCGAGACAGGCUUAUCAGGAUGGUCAAGAGCUUCUCUCCAAAGAUUGUCACACUCGUCGAACAAGAAUCCAACACAAACACAGCUCCAUUCUUUCCUAGAUUUCUCGAGACCCUGGACUAUUAUACUGCCAUGUUUGAAUCAGUAGACAUUACCAUUGCAAGAGACAGCAAGGAGAGAAUCAAUGUAGAGCAGCAUUGCAUUGCAAGGGACAUAGUUAACAUAAUUGCUUGUGAAGGGGAGGAACGAGUGGAGAGACAUGAGCUUUAUGGGAAAUGGAGAUCUCGGUUUAUGAUGGCAGGAUUCAGACCAUGCCCCCUUAGUCCUACGGUUAAUGCAACCAUCAAGACACUGUUAGAAAACUACUCGGAACACUAUUGGCUUGAAGAGCGAGAUGGUGUACUUUAUCUUGGAUGGAAGAAUAGGACUCUGGUUGUUUCAUGUGCCUGGAGAUGAAAUCAAAGAUCUGACAAGCUAGUUUUUGCCUGUGACACAAUAGACUGUAAACAUCUUUGCUGUUACUAGAUUGUAGAAUUUUCCUCUACUUCAGUUGUGAAACUGCUUGUAAGCUGGUCAUACUAUCGGUAGUCUGGUCAUAUGAUUGUAGAUUUUUUUUUCCUGCUUUUGAUGUUUGCAUACUGUAUUUAAUAGAAUUAGGACUAGUUUUAAUGGUUGAAAAGAAUUAUAGACUUCUAUGA